CCGCUGACAAAAGGAGUCCUCAUCGCCCCCAGCCCCAAAUUCCCACGGGUGUGUGUAUGGCCGGGUCAGCCCCGUCCCUUCCGUCUCCCGGCUUCGGCUCUUGGGAAACGGACGUAACUCCCCAGACCUCCCCUCCCUUCCUCUGGCCCGGUCGUUUCCAAACCCGGAAGGGGAACUCGGGGGACCCUUGGCUUCAAUAAUGCAUGCGUUCCCUGCAGUAUCAGCGGCAUUGGUGCUUUUUUUUUUUUUUUUUGCCCCUAACCCCCCCAUCCCAGCCCCGCCUGCCUCUUGCUCCCUUAAUAGCUGGGGGGCCAAAUUCCGGGUUUCUUCUGUCCUGUCCCGCCCCCCUGCCCCACCACCACCCUGCUCCUGCCCCUGGGUAGCGAGCGAGCGCCCCCCGGGCCCGCUCCUUCACACCCUGGCUUGCAUUGGGCUUGCCGAACCCCAGAGUCCUGGGAGACACAGCCCAGGCCUCAAGGCCGCCCUCGCCUCGUCCCCACCCUGCUCUGCUGUCCGUCUGUCCCUGGGCUCGGGCUGUGGCUGUGCCUUCUGAGUGUCAGAGCCUAAACUGGAGAUGUCAGCCGCACCUCAUUCUUUUCACAAACCCCUGCCGCGAGUGCGGCCUCGGGCCCCCGUCCUUUGCUCGGCUCUCUUUUGGGCAAAAUGGAGGUGCUGGGACCCGGAGGGCCUGGCCCGCGCGGCGCUCCAUCACCACGCUCCAGCCAGCCCGCGCCUCCAGCCGCCGCGUCCGGGGACCCUUCCUCGUCUCCUCGCGCCCGCGGGGGCGGCGGCACCCCUUGUUUUGCGUGGGGGCGGCGGUUGCUUCACUCCUGGCAUCCAGGAGCUGCUCAGGGGGUCUUGCAGGGUAAUGAGGAAUCUUAAGAACUGGGAGCCUGGCCCCCGACCCGGUGGCUUCUUCCUGGCCGAGUGUCCCCUCCGCCCCAGGCCUGUGUGGUGGCGCCCGGACCCGGGCUGCUGGGAGCUGGGAGGAAGGGGCUCUUGUGCACAGCUGGAGCGGGGUGGGAGUUGCGCCGUUGCCCCCUCCCGUCUCAUCCCUUGGCCUUGGCGCAGAAAGCUGAACUCACUGAGGGGAAAUAUCUCCGGGGAAGAGGAACGCCCAGUGCACGGCUGGGGGAAGUGGGAGCUGGGUGGGGGAUGCCCGGGUCGCCCGAGUGGAGUGCACACUGUGCACGGCCAGAUCGCACAGGUGGCAGGGGGCUCCCGGGCGCAGAGCUGGGCUCGUGCGUGCCUCGGGGCGUG